AUGUUUGGUUUGACCAUAGGUGACGCCCUUGGUGCUCAUGUUGAAUUCAGACCUAACAGUUAUUUGGUAGCUAAUCCAGUCAAAGACCUAGAAGGGGGAGGAACAUGGGGUCUACAAAAGGGACAGUUCACUGAUGAUGCUUCAAUGGCACUUUGUUUGGCAAAUUCACUGAUUGCUUGUCAAGACUUUGUUCCAUAUGAUCAACUAGUUCGCUACAAGUGGUGGUAUCGACAUGGCUACAUGUCAUCGACUGGUCAAUGUUUCGACAUUGGUGCGGCUACUCGACAAUCCAUCGAAGAAUUUGAAAAGCGUCAAAGAAAAUUUGCACAUGAUCAUGGCAUUCCUUUUGACCAACUAGACUUUUUGUCCAAUCGGGAUCUUCUUCAAGCAUUCGACGUGAAGUGCAGUAAAGACGAUGUGGCUGGGAACGGUGCCCUGAUGCGUCUUGCACCUGUACCACUCUUCUUUUACCACAAUCCGGAACUGGCCAUUGAAUAUUCUGGCAUUAGUGGUCGAAUCACUCAUGGAGAUGACAAAGCUUAUGAUGCAUGUUGUUAUUAUGGAGCUCUCAUUAUAGCUGCUCUGAAUGGUGCAAACAAAAAUGAGUUAACUAGUAAAACUUUUUACGAUAAGCAUCGACAUUGGUUUGGCAAUCGAACCCUUCAUCCUGAAAUCAUGGCGAUCGCGCACGGAUCAUAUAAAAAACCAGGUGGAUAUCAAGAUGGAAUUCGAGGGAAAGGAUAUAUUGUCAAUGCUCUGGAAGCUGCUUUGUGGGCUUUUUGGAGUGAUGCAGACUCGUUUGAAAAAGGUGCACUUAAUGCAGUUAAUCUAGGCGAUGAUACAGACACAACAGCAGCUAUUUAUGCUCUUUCAUGGGCAAUUGCAUCAACAGUCACAGCAUUAGUGUUUAUGCCUAAAUUUCGUGAAAUGAAUUUUACAAGUGCUUAUGAAUAUUUAGAAAAACGUUUUGAUCGAUCCGUGCGUAUGUGUGCUUCAUUUGCAUUUUCGUUCAGUAUGGGUGGUAUGAAAGCAGUCAUUUGGACAGAUGUUUUACAAGCAGUAGUUAUUCUUGUUGGUCUUCUUGCUACUAUUAUACAAGGUUUUAUAGCAGUCGGUGGUAUUGAACUAACAUUCUCAAAAGCAUCAAAAGGUGGUAGAAUUCAAUUCGACAGUGGCAGUUUUGAUCCUCGCGUUCGUCACACAAUCUGGUCAUUACUGAUUGGUGGCUCGCUUAAUUCUUUAUCUAUGUAUAGCUUUAAUCAAACUCAAAUACAACGUUAUAUGUGUGUUCGAACAACACAUGGUGCUAAACAAGCAUUAUUUAUAAAUGCGGCUGGGACAGCCCUUAUUAUAUUGUCUUCAAGUCUUAUUGGAAUUAUUCUUUAUGCAUUUUAUGUUGAUUGUGAUCCAUACACAGCUAAAUAUGUUUCUGAUAUUGAUCAAAUAUUUCCAUAUUUUGUUAUGGAUGUAUUAAGCAGUAAAAAAGGUUUACCAGGAAUAUUUCUAGCGUGCGUUUUUUCUGGUUCAUUAUCAACAAUAUCAUCUGGUUUAAAUAGUCUUGCAGCAGUUGUUAUUGAAGAUGUUUAUAAAGGUUUAAUGGGUAGAACUUUAAGUGAUGAACGACAAGGUUUAAUAUCAAAAAUCUUUUCAAUUGUAUUAGGAGCUAUAGUUAUGUUAUUAACAUAUGUUGUUAGUUAUCUUGGAUCAAUACUGAAUGCUGCAUUAUCAUUAUCUGGUGUCUUAUCUGGUCCAAUAACGGGUGUUUUCUUUCUUGGCUUCUUUUUUCCACAAGUUAAUCGUCGUGGAGGUUUAGUUGGUUUUCUAGCAAGUCUGUUUGUACAAUGUUGGAUAUUUUUGGGAGCACAACUAACAAAAAAACAAAUGAAAAGUGCACGUUUACCAUUAUCAGUUGCUAAUUGUCCUACUCCAGUAAAUAUUACAAUACCACUAACAACAUCAAUAAAAGCUAAUCCAUUACUUGGUUUUUAUUCCAUUAGCUAUAUGUGGUAUACACCAAUAGGUGUUACUACUGUUAUAAUUGUUGGAGUUAUUGUAUCUUAUUUAACGCGUCCACUUAAAUCAAAUGAAAUCGAUCCAAAAUUAAUAAUACGUAUUCGUAAUGUAAAUUGCUAUUGUUUACCUAAAUAUAUACAUGAUUGGAUUCGAUGUGGUGUUAAAGAAGAUGUUAAUUUGGAAAAAAAGAAUAACAAUGAUAUUAAAUCACUAACAUCAGAAGAAAACAAUAUAUUUCAUACUAAUAAUAGUGUACAAACACUUAACACAGCUACAAAAGAUUUUAUUCCGUUGAAUGUCGUAAUAGAAAACAAAGUGGAUAAUUCGUAUGAUAAUCCAGUAAUAACGAUGAAAGAUUAA